AUGGCAGGGACAGGGAAAUCAACAAUAUCCCAAACAGUUGCAAGCCGUCUUCAAGCGCAGCAGCUUCUCGGGGCGAGCUUCUUCUUUCGGAGAGGCGAAGAGGACAGAGAAACAGCAAAAAAGCUUUUUCCAACAUUGACCGAGCAACUGGUCAUCGGCAUACCUCAAAUGCUGCCUCGAGUUCAGAGGGCAAUUGAGGAUGACCCGAAUAUUUCGGAAAAGGUGUUGAGGGAACAAUUUGAACGACUUCUACUGGAUCCACUAUCUGGAAUUGAGCAGCGAGAAGAGAUCACAAGAAGAGUGAUCGUGAUUGAUGCUCUAGAUGAAUGCGAUUCAGAAGACGAUAUAAGGAUUAUUCUCCGGCUCUUGCCACGAGUUCAAAAGUCAACUUCCGUACAACUACGGUUUUUAUUGACAAGCAGACCUGAGUUGCCGAUCAGGCUGGGCUUCGAAGGGAUCACCGAUGCCCAUCAGGAUUUGGUCCUACACGAGAUCGAAGAGCCAGUGAUAGCGCAUGACAUAUCCUUGUAUUUUGAGGAUCAGUUCCUGCGCCUAAAGCAGAGGCGCUCAUUGCCACCAGAUUGGCCCGGAGCUGCAGCCACCAAGAUAUUGGUUGAUAGGGCCGUCCCUUUGUUCAUUGCAGCUGCUACCGUAUGUCGUUUUAUCGGUGAUGCAAAAUGGAACCCUCAAAAGCGACUGGAAGCGAUAUUGACAGACCAAUCAACCUAUGUGUCCAAGAUGGACAGCACAUAUAUUCCCGUGCUAAAGCAACUUCUCACUGGACAGAAUAAAACAGAGUCAUGGGAAUUACUUAAAGAGUUCAAGGAGGUAGUUGGGGUGAUCAUUAUUCUUGCCACUCCGCUCUCGAUCAACUCCCUAAGCCACCUAAUAGACAGAGAGUCAGAUGAUGUCAAAUGUCGAUUAGACCAGCUCCACUCGGUGCUCAGUGUACCAAACAAUCUCGACACACCAGUCAGGCUCCUCCAUCUGUCAUUCCGAGAUUUUCUUUUGGAUCGCCACAAAGACAAAAGCAAAUUCUGGAUCGAUGAAAAAUAUACAAACCAGUGUCUUGCAGAACGAUGCCGUCAGAUCAUGCAGGACAGCCUGGAGAAAAACAUCUGCAAACUGCCAAGCGAAGGCACGCAAAGGAAUGAAAUUAGCGAUGGUUCGAUUCAGCAUUAUAUACCUCCCCCACUGAAAUACGCCUGUCGAUACUGGGCGCAUCAUCUGUUACAAUGCACGGACUUGUCUGGCAUGAUGCACAAUGCUUAUUUAUUUCUCCAGGUGCACUUUUUGCACUGGGUGGAAGCAAUGAGCCUACUGGGCCUUACGUCAGAAGUAUCAGGUAUUCUUGAUCGCCUUCAAACGUCCACAUCGGGUAACGACUCUUCCCUGAUUUCGGAUUUCCUUCACGAUGCAAAGCGCUUUGUUCUGAAAAAUCACCAGAUAGUUGAUCAGGCCCCCCUUCAAGUUUAUUGUGCAGGACUUAUAUUUGCACCCCGAACGGGGAUAAUCCGUAGAGAGUUCAAGCGGUCGCUUCCUACUUGGAUAUGUCAGUUACCACAAGUUGAGGAAGGAUGGAGCGCGCUCACCCAGACCCUCGAAGGCCAUUCCGGUUGGGUUUCUUCAGUGGCCUUCUCGCCCGACGGCCGCCUGCUGGCGUCCGGCUCUGACGAUCAGACAGUGCGGCUCUGGGACCCGGCGACGGGCGCGCUCACCCAGAGCCUCGAAGGCCAUUCCAGUUGGGUUGGAUCGGUGGCCUUCUCGCCCGACGGCCGCCUGCUGGCGUCCGGCUCUGGGGAUAAGACAGUGCGGCUCUGGGACCCGGCGACGGGCGCGCUCACCCAGACCCUCGAAGGCCAUUCCAGUCUGGUUCAAUCGGUGGCCUUCUCGCCUGACGGCCGCCUGCUGGCGUCCGGCUCUGGUGAUCAGACAGUGCGGCUCUGGGACCCGGCGACGGGCGCGCUCACCCAGACCCUCGAAGGCCAUUCCAGUCUGGUUCAAUCGGUGGCCUUCUCACCCGACGGCCGCCUGCUGGCGUCCGGCUCUAGUGAUCAGACAGUGCGGCUCUGGGACCCGGCGACGGGCGCGCUCACCCAGACCCUCGAAGGCCAUUCAGAUUUGGUUCGAUCGGUGGCCUUCUCGCCCGACGGCCGCCUGCUGGCGUCCGGCUCUGGUGAUCAGACAGUGCGGCUCUGGGACCCGGCGACGGGCGCGCUCACCCAGACCCUCGAAGGCCAUUCCAGUCUGGUUCAAUCGGUGGCCUUCUCACCCGACGGCCGCCUGCUGGCGUCCGGCUCUUGGGAUAAGACAGUGCGGCUCUGGGACCCGGCGACGGGCGCGCUCACCCAGACCCUCGAAGGCCAUUCCAGUCUGGUUCAAUCGGUGGCCUUCUCGCCCGACGGCCGCCUGCUGGCGUCCGGCUCUGGUGAUCAGACAGUGCGGCUCUGGGACCCAGCGACGGGCGCGCUCACCCAGACCCUCGAAGGCCAUUCCAGUCUGGUUCAAUCGGUGGCCUUCUCACCCGACGGCCGCCUGCUGGCGUCCGGCUCUUGGGAUAAGACAGUGCGGCUCUGGGACCCGGCGACGGGCGCGCUCACCCAGACCCUCGAAGGCCAUUCAGAUUUGGUUGAUUCAGUGGCCUUCUCGCCCGACGGCCGCCUGCUGGCGUCCGGCUCUAGUGAUCAGACAGUGCGGCUCUGGGACCCGGCGACGGGCGCGCUCACCCAGACCCUCGAAGGCCAUUCCGGUUGGGUUUCUUCAGUGGCCUUCUCGCCCGACGGCCGCCUGCUGGCGUCCGGCUCUAGUGAUCAGACAGUGCGGCUCUGGGACCCAGCGACGGGCGCGCUCACCCAGACCUUCGAAGUUGAAGGGGAAGUCACUACGCUCGAAUUUUCCCAUAGCGGUUUAUAUCUCCACACCAACUUAGGCGCCCUUUACAUCCAAUCUAGGUGUGACAUUCCUAAGUCUGAUCCACGUCAUGCAACUCCAGACAUCUCUAUUGAGCAGAGCCAAUGGAUAGCAUUGAAUGGUAGAAGGGUCCUGUGGCUUCCGAUCGAGUCUCGGCCCAGCUGUUUCAAGAUAAACGGUAAUGUACUUGCCCUGGGACACUUAUCAGGACGGAUUUCCUUUGUUGGGUUUUGUAUGUAG